UUAAUACACCUCUAUUUGUUGUUGGAUCUGCUCAACUACACCACUCUGCAGUAUUUUUCAUUUUACAGAACUGGACAGGCUGCGUCAGAUCCUCAUCAUGAUCGUGGACUAUUUAGCAAUUACAUUAUUUACAAAAGCCCUUAUGAACAAGGCUUACAUGGGAAUAUUGUUCUUAAGCCAGUUUUAAAAGAUGUUUAAUUGUUAAAGGUGCUCUCAGGGAUUGAUUACAGUGAUUUUUUUUUUCCUGUCCUGGUAUUCCCCUCUGCACACAUUAUGAUCUCCAUCUGUUGCUUAUGGAUCAGCAGGAAUAUUUGUAUUAAAUCUUAUUUUCAAAAGUGUAUCAUGUGUAUGUCAAUGUCACCUUUUUUCUGAUAUCCAUUUUGAUCAGCGUAUGACUAAUAGUACCGAUGUUAUCAGAUGCCUCCAUAAUAAAAGUGAAUCGUUGUAUAGAAUCAGUUCCAGUCUGUAAUACGUUUAUGAUUAGUCAUUCGUUAGCAAGAGCAUACCCAUCCUGCAACAUCCGGGUUUUCAACCUUGCGUUUUAUUUUGAAGGGGACCAACAUAACCAGGAAGAGAAAUGUCGGUGGUCGUCUCACGGCCACGGAACGUGCGGAAUCGUGUGGCUUAACUUGCUUCACACGCAGUUUGUAAUAUUGUUAGUUCCCAGGUAUUUUACCAUGUCCUCCACUGCACCCAUCAAGAUUGGAAUAAUCGGCGGCUCAGGACUUGAUGAUCCUGAUAUCUUGGAAGGAAGAACUGAGCGCUACGUUGACACACCAUAUGGAAAGCCAUCAGAUGCCUUGAUAUUGGGGAAAAUAAAAAACGUAGACUGUGUGCUUCUUGCAAGACACGGAAGACAGCACACUAUAAUGCCAUCCAACGUCAACUACCAGGCCAAUAUCUGGGCACUGAGAGAGGAGGGCUGUACACAUCUUCUGGUCACCACUGCAUGUGGCUCGCUGCGAGAGGAGAUCCAACCAGGCGAUAUCAUCAUCAUAGACCAGUUCAUUGACAGGACGACCAAGAGAGCGCAGACUUUUUACGACGGACAGCCGACCAGUCCUCCAGGUGUGUGUCACAUUCCCAUGGCUGAGCCUUUCUGCUGCAGGACCCGAGAGGUGCUGCUAGAGGUGGCCCGGAGUUUGGGCAUCAAGUGCCACGUAAAGGGGACCAUGCUGAGCAUCGAGGGGCCUCGCUUCUCCUCACGGGCAGAGAGCCUGAUGUUCCGCCAGUGGGGCGCCGACGUCCUCAACAUGACCACGGUGCCAGAGGUGGUCCUGGCCAAGGAGGCCGGCUUGUGCUACGCCAGCAUCGCAAUGGCAACAGACUACGACUGCUGGAAGGAGCACGAGGAGGCGGUGAGUGGUGGUGUUAUUGCUUGUUUUUGUCUUGCGUUGUUGAUUGACUGUGUUGCUUUAAGUGUUGUAGUUUUUACUUUCAUUUUUGUUUUUGAUAAGUGCUGUGAUAAUAUUUUCAUACCUCUUUUGACUGAUGCACACGCUUACUUUCUCAGUUUGUUUGCACUUUUUAAAAAAAUAUAGAGUGACACCACACUUUGUGUUGGGAUUUGUACUGUAUGUUUUUUAUAGAAAAUAAUGGGAAUCUGCUCCAGUGUCAAACCUUCAUGAACUGUACAGGCAAUGUUUAAGGUAACAUUUGAACAUUUUUAACUCACAUACAAGUGUAAAAAUAGUUUAUUCCCUGUUUUUAAUAACACUGUAAAGAGUAAAAUAUUGCACUGAGCUGGCCGCUGUUUGUGUCCUGUGACCUUCAUUCACCCUUCAGUGCUUUGUUUGUGUGGUGACAUUAAUCGGUUUCGCUUCAUGCUGUUUGCCAGAAUGAAGACAGUGAAGCUGAUGACUCACUGUUAGUCAGCCUCCUCUGGCAGGGCUUCCACCGGAGGCAGGCUUGGAUGGGGGGGGUUGUCAGGAGGUAGUUCUUGUGAAGCUGGGGAGCGAGGGCGGAAGGAUGUGGCAAGCGCUCUGCAAAGGGAGCGGGGAAGAGGUCAGCUGCAGGAAGUAAACGGAAGCGAAGUAGUCAGGGUUGGAUCGAUGACAAAGUCUGCCAAAUUCGCCUACAUGCAGAACCUACUCUGUGUUAUCUCACGCACGCACACACACACACACACACACACACACACACACACACACACACACAACGCAGCCUACUUGGAAGCGAUCAGUGCACUGAUCUCACGUGUGGAGUACACACAUGGCACACACCUCAGUCGCAGUUAUCACACUCAUAAAACCAAUGACCUCGUUCUCUGUUAUGGGAAAUGCUCCUUUUACAUAAUAACUGUGCAUAAAGCUCAUGCAGGAAGUUGAACAUCAGCAAAGCAAAACAAACAACAAAAACCUACCAGGUCAUUCUUCUGUAAAUAAUAGGCUAAUAAGCGAUCAGACAUAAUAUUUAGACAACUACUGAAGUUUUCAAGUUUAGCCCUUUUGGAAAAAGUUUUAGUUUUAAUAUUAAAAAUAGGGCUGUCAAUCGAAUAAAAUCACAAUUAAUUGCAUGUUGUCUAUAGUUUACUCAUAAUUAAUCGCAGAUAGAAAGAAGUAUUUAUCUAUAAGUGUACCUUUUUGAAAGAUAAAUUUAAAGUUUUUUAGUACACCUGUAGCGACAGUUAUGUCUUGUUCUAGUCGCUUCUUGGUGCAGGGAAUCCAGGUAAUAACGCUCCAAUAAUGCAAUGUCCAGACAGAUGAUCACGUUGGAAUUAAUAUUGUGUUUAUUGUAUACGAAUGAAAAACAAUGAAUUCUAUGUCCAGGAUGGCAAAUGUUAUGGCUGGUUGAAUAAACGGAGGGUAUGAGAGUGGUACAAUGAUGUGCAUGAGUGUGCGUGGGAGCGGGAAAACUGCGUGAACUCGCGUCACCCUAAUUCCAUGCACUAUCACUUGCACACCUAUAUAUGCAACACCUCCACACCGCCACUAGUAGUCAACCAAUUAUAGCACUCCACAAUUACCUUAAAACAAACCAGGUGAACUACACGCAAAAGCAGCAUAAAUGGCUCCUACAACACCUAUCAACAUGAGACUGGAUAAUGUUUCUUUAUGCAAAUUUGUGUUUAUUAAACAUUGUUUAAUGGAAAUGGACAAAAUUGACCUCAAUGUAUAAAAAAACAAACACAAUGUUAAACAAGUAGACUUUGGUAAGGUAAACAAGCCCUCACACAAAUAUCCUUCUCUUCAAGGAAAUCCAUCCAUCCAUCCAUCCAUCCAUCCAUUUCCUGUGCUGCUUAUCCUCACUAGGGUCGUGGGUAUGCUGGAGCCUAUCCCAGUUGACUUCGGGCGAGGAGCCGGGUACACCCUGGACUGGUCGCCAGGCAAUCGCAGUCUUCAAGCAAAUAAUCUCACAAAAUAUAAUUGUGACUAACAUUACAAAUAAAGUGCUCAAGAACAGUCAGUAGUUUACAGAAACACGACUGCACCCAUAUACUGUAGUGCAGUCAUGCGAGAGCUUAUACAUCACUUCCAAACACUCUUUUACAGAGACAUACACACACACACAAACACUCUUUCACACACACUUUAUCGCACUUUGCUUGGUCUGGCGACUUCAAUGUUGUAGAAGUAUGCCCCGCGGCUUUUUCAACAUGCAACUUUUAUUUGGUCAUCUUUGACAAACACUGCAGUUCAAGCACAAACACUAAUAAAUGGCCAAUAAAUAAUAAUACUAAUACGUUUUUAAUGAAAAAUGAAUGAAUGAAUAACACUAAUAAAUUCCCUCGUGAGCCUUUACUGCCAUCUCACUGAGCGCCGCGUGUGUGCUCGCUCACUUCCACCUUUGUCACAUUGACACAAGCCCCCCAGAUAGCUGUCCUCGGCUAUGUUGGCCGGUAUCUAGCAGCUUGCAACCCAAAUUUUAGCUUGCAGUUCAAAGCAGAAACCAACCAAAUAUCUAAAAAAAAAAAAAACACUCAUUAGUAGGGACACCCGUAUGCCAAGGUACCACUGUAUAAAUGGCAUUCAAAAUACCUUUUUGUUUGUCCAUUUCUGCUCAAUGUUUGUUCCCGCUUUGGCUCCACAUCAACUGCCACAUUGCUGCGUUUUCUCAAACUACGGUGUGGGCCGAGGAGCAAACAGGACGUGCGCGCGUUAAUCGCGUGUCCAAAAAAAAUUGUGGCGAAUUUGCGUUUUAACACGUAGUACAGCUUAGUGUUGAGCUUAAAUGCUUCAUUGCAAUAAAUGGGACAUUGAGUAGGUGCUAUGUUAGUGCUAACCCUAUUUCCUUUAACUGGGAAGGACUCUGAGCAACUUCCUUAAGCAUCCUCUUCGGAGUUUGUUUUAUUUUUUUCAGGAACUGUUCUUUUAUUUAACCAGUGUGAGGUAU